AUGCCGAGCAGUACCGCGGGCAAGGACGAGUGGCUGGUGGCGCUGCAGCUGUUCCUCAACGUGCGGUUGCGCACCGCAUCGUUUUCGGCGGCGUCGCGCGGCCGCCCACAGGUGUGCGUCCCGCUGCCGCUGCCCAACACGCAGCAUCUUAUCGACGGCGUCAUGUGGAGCGUGCGGGAUAACGCGGCGUGGGCGGCCGACGCGUGGCUAGGUGUUCAGAGUCACCUGCUCAGCUGCUCACAGCGCUACGCCCAGCUCAGCGAACGGCUUCUCCACGCUAACACGCACGACGCGGCGGUCGAGCACGAGCGGCUGUACUCCAGCCACGCGUGUGUGCAGGAUGUCUACAUCGCCUUCUGCGUCGUGGACGCGUUCCUGCGCCACGUUGGCGAGGCGGUGCCGGCGGUGAAAGAGGCGGCGGAGAAGGAGCUGCCGCGCCUCGUCGCGGAGCACAUGCCCAUCUGGCAGCUGGCACGUAGCAGCUACGCACAUGACGCGGUGGAGGACUACCGCCUGCUGUUCCUCGAUCUGCUGCGCGCGUGGGCGGCGACACGGCUUCUGCGCCCCGACACACACCGCCGUGUGGAGGAGUACGUGCGCCACAAGCUCAAGACGCUACGUGACGGGCUCGCAAGCGCUGAUUCCCCCACUGGAGGGAGCAACAGUAAUAACCAUCACACCGAACAUCAUACGGCUACAAUCAGUGCAGGGCUGCGUGCUCUAAUGUCGGGCGCCACAACGUCAUCUGCAUCUGCGCUCUCGUCAGCAGCAGCCGUAAAAGGAGCAGCAGCUUCUACACCAGACGCGGUACGCAUGACCAUUGCAAACUUUGUGUCUGCCAUCUUCCCGCACCCUCGCUCUGAGUCUGGCAGACAGCGUUGCGCCCACUGCGGUUCGGUGCUGAAGAGCGUCGCCGCGAAGAACGCCCACUACCGCUACCACUUCUACAACCGCAGCUACCAGACGGAGGAGAAGAUUGUGCGCCUGGCGUACCCCUCUCUUGACGACUACGCGAUUCACGAUGUGGACAGCGGAGAGACGGGCAACUUCGUCAGGACAACGGAGAACCUUCUCGAUGUCUUCCGCGCGCCGGAGAAGCGGAGCGUGCGGGUGCGGCGACCAAAACAAGCGGACAAGCCGUCGUGA